AGCGGGGCCCGUCCCCCCAAGACAGCGGCCGCUGUCUGCCGCGCCGCCAAGCCUCGGGCGAGCAGGUCCGCGCCGGGCUGCAGGUGCCAUGCAGUAUCCGUCCGGGGGCGCGAAGAAGGAUGCUGGUGGGAACAUCACCGGCAAAUUCGACCCGACGGCGCUCGAACGGGGUGCCAAGGCGCUGAAGGAGCUGGACAGCUCGCCCAACGCCGCGAAAGCCUUCGAGGUGACGAAGCUGGCGGAGCAGACGAAGCAGAAGGAGCUGCAGGCGCAGAUCGAGCAGCAGCAGGCGCAGCGCACGCAGGCGCAGCUCCAGAGGAGCCAGCUCGAUGCCGAGGAGAAGCGGAAGACCAUCUCCCACCAGAACGAGCAGGAAAGAAGGACGGCCGAGUACAAGGCUCGGCUAGACAGCGAGCUGUACCAGAGCAAGCUCGAGGACC